AUGUCUUCCUUCUCUAAUUCUCUGCUUCUUAUCACUAUCUCUCUGAUCACUAUUACGCUAGUUGAAUCGAGAUACAACGCCUAUCAGACUACAAACUACAACAAUCGAGGAGGUUACUAUCAAGGAUACCGUACUCCAUACAAUAACCGCGGCUACAACAACUACAACUACAGUAAUCGAGGCUACAAUGGCUACCGUAACCAAGGCUACCAGUACCCGGGAUACGGUGCCAACCAAUACCGUAACUACUACUAUCCACAGUAUGCUCAAGCUACGCAAGCUCCUGCUCCAAGAUUCCAACCAUCGCUAGCUGACCUACUUUUCGGUGGAAUGCGUCAAUCGGCUCCCAGCUACAGUAGUAAUGGAAUUAAUUACGAUUCUUAUGGAAACUCGUUUGUUGGAACGAAGGACAAUGGAAUUUAUUUGUUCUGCAAUGGAAAAGGAUGCCCUGGAAGAGGAUAA